AUGUCAACUAAGCUAGAGGACUCAAUGAACCUCCCACACAACAAGGAUGGUCUGGAUCAGGAUAUAGUACAAUCAACUGAAGAUUUUGAUAUAUUGGAUGAAUUCCUAGACAGACGUUUAUAUGAUCAACCACAAGAUAACCAAGAUCCAUCAAGAAAUCAACAACAAUCACAUCAAAAUGUUCAAUUUUCCAAUGAUAUCACUAUGAAAGAUGAUGAAAUGUUCACUAAUUUCCUAACUGAUGAAUUGAAUAAGAAUGAUUUCUUAUAUUUCAAUGGUGUUGGUAAUGAUAAUCAACGUCAAAAUGGAUUUGAUAUCACAAAUUUCGGUGUUACGCCAACUGUCGAUGGCACAAACUUGACCACAGCGUCCAUGCUACUACUCCAAAUUCUAUAG